AACUCUCGACAAUCACACAUUCAUUCCAACAUCAUCAGUGGUCAAGACUUCAUAUACAAGAAAGAAGAUCCACUCAGCACUGAUCGUCGACAUUCGUUCAGUUAGAUACACUCUCUUUUUCAUAGAGUGACUCUCUCAGGUUAACUCAACAUCACUACCACGCCGACAAUGGCUCCAGUGAUCAAGCCAGCUACAAAUCAAUCGGUCGAUUACGCCGAUUUCAAUCAAUUAAAGAGAAAGUCAGAGGAUGACAUCGAUGUUUCUUUAGGUUUCGAAACAUUCUCACAAGGUGAAGAAGAUGAAGAAGACGAUGAAGGCGAUGAUGUCUUAGCUUUGAAGAGAUCGACUAAAAAGACAGGCGAUCAACCUGUUUCGAAGAGAACAUUGCAAAACAGAAAAGCACAAAGAGAAUUCAGAAAACGUAGAGAGGCUCGCGUUCGUGAAUUGGAGGAAAGAUGCAGACGAUUCGAUCAGAUGGGAUUAGAAGCCAACGGAGAGUUGCAACGGGCGGCAAGAGGAUUGAAAGAGGAAAAUGAUGCAUUGCGUGGAUUCAUCAUGCGAAUGGGCUUCGGUCAUAUGAUCCCAAACGUACUUCAAGAUGUAGGCAAUCAGAGGAAUAACGGGGAUGAUCAAUUCUAUCAACAGACUCAACAACAGCCUACAUUCAGCGGUGGUAUGUUCAGCAAUGCUCAACCAAAUUCGUCCAACUUUAAUGAACCCACAUUCUUCAUCGAUCCAUCUACCGCCGUUCAAUCUGCAAACGCACCCAUGAACAAUAGUCGCGGUAGAUCACAUACGAUUGGUAAUGGAAACGAGCAUCGAUCAUCGUCAUCAUCAUCUUCACCCAACAAGAAUAACAACAUCGAUGCCGAAAAGAUGGCUGGAGGAAUUACCCUGCCGAUGCCUAUGAACUACGGCAGCAUGACCCUUGCUCCUACGCCACAACCUGCCAAUAUGCGAUCUGGCAUCUCUCAACGCAGUGGUAGUGGAACACAAAAGCAGGACAACAUCAAAGGAGGACAAUCAUCAAGCCCAUCCAGCUCCAAGUCAACCGACAACGGUGAUACACCUUUCUUGACCUUGAGUCUAAACAACCAAUCACGCAAGCAGGAUGGCAGACAGUCUGGUAAUCAACAAUCGCAGCCUCAAUUCACUCAACCUAAGCAAGACAAUGACUCAAACAACAAUGACAUGAACGGUUUGAGCUCCUUGUUUGGUGGAUCAAACAACGGUAUGGGCAGUGGAGGUACUGCAAUGUUGCAAAACUUUAACAAUUCGUUCCCCGUUCCACAGAGAAGUCGUCAAAAUGCUGCUUUGUUGAACCCGAACCCUAUCCCAUUCUCAUUCAAUCUCGCUUCUGGAGAUCUUGCGUCUCAACAACCAACAUGGUGGGAACAAAUGGGUGGUGGCUCAGAACAGGUUGAAUUGGAUGAUAAAGCACAAGCUGUUGCAAAUGCUCAACAAGGCAAUCAAGCACCAAGCCCUUUUGACUUGGGCGCAUUCUUGCAAGGUGGUAUCACACCGGGCGGUGGUUUCCAACUUGGUAAUAUUGGAGGCAGCCAACCAGGCUCGCAGCCGAAUUCCACGAUCAUGUCCCAUGAUCUAGGCAGAACAGGCUCGACUGAUUCUGACCAUAUGCGUAUGUUUAUUCAAUUAAUGGAACGCAAGAUGGCCGAACGUGACGCAUGUACAUUUGCAUCGUUGGGCUUCCAGCCACCAUCACAAGAUCCUGCUCAACGCACAAAGCAACAGCAGCAGCAACAAGGCAUCACUUCGGAAAUGACUCCAAGUGGUGUUUAUUCACGAUUGGCUCAACAUCCUGCUUUCUUGAGCACGAAUGCCCGUGAGAUGGAAGAAUUGAUGGAUGCUUUAGGACCAUCAACUUGGAAUCGUCAAGAUGGAAAGACUGGUGAUGAUGCAGACAAAGAUGAAUCGAAAGAUUCUGGUAAAGACCAAUCAUCCAAUCAUGGCAAAUCAUCACGGUCAAACAGUUCCGCUUCCCCUCUUUCGCCAGGCAGAGUUCACGUUGACGAAAAUGCGAUUGGCAAAUUGAUGGGAUUAUUGGACCAAAAGCGUAAUUCAAACGCUAAAUCAUUCAAUACUUCCCCUCAUGAAGACAAUCAACAAAGGUUUACCAUGGCUAUGGCAUAAAUCUUUUCUAUUAUAUUCCCGUGUCUUGUUAUUUGGUUUUAUUCUCCCGUAAUAGUUUAGUUGUCGUUUGUAUCAUAUCUAUAUAGCCCUGGGCCUUACUCUCUCAAUAUUCCAUGCACAUAUUGCAUU